AUGGACAAUUUUACUGCUAUGCGGAGGCAUUUGCCAUUUGCAGACUAUUAUGAAGAAGGAAACUACAUUGAAGAAGAAGACAACAAUAAAGAUGAAGAAACUCGUAUUUUGGAAUUAAGAGUUUUAAAGGAGUCUACCUUAAGUCGUUACACUCCUGAAGUUAGGAAAAAAGUAGAUUCAAUAAUUGAUGAGCUGCUGUGUGAAACUAUAUUUAAUAUUCAUAGAGACUUAAAAUUAGGAAUUUCUAGAGAAAUCUUGUCUAGAAUUUAA